AUGUCGUUCAACGAAAAGUAUCAGGCUGGAGAGUCCUACAAGGACACCUCCAAGGAAGACCCUUCAAGUCUUCUCGACAACCCUGAGAAGCUUGUUGCGGAUCUGAUGAAGGAUUUUGCUGGUGUUCGAAGCCAAGCUAGUCCUGCUGAUCUCUUGGCUCUUGUCAAGCAGCUUCUCUCGAAGGGACAGCCUCUUGAUGAUAAGAAGGGAACAACUGAACUCCUCAUCGGCAUUCUCACUGCCCUGCCUCGCUCCUCCAAGGCUCGCACCGCUCUUACAAACAAGCUCAUCGACACUCUUUGGGGUAACCUUCAACACCCCCCACUGAGCUACGUUGGUGGCGACGUCAAGUAUGAGGUCGCCGGCUCAGAGCCAGACCACAAGAGCCAUUGCGCACAAUACGACACAAUCGAGUUUCAGGUACCAGGUACCAAUGUUACCCUCAAAGAACAAGUCCCUCAAGCACCCGAUGGUCUCCAUCAAUACCGUAUGCCUGAUGGAAGCUUCAACAAUAUCCUUGAGCCAAACUUGGGCAAAGCUGGCACCCCCUACGCCAAAUCUGUCAAGACUGAGAAGCGCCUGCACGGCGUCAAGCCUGACCCUGGCCUGCUCUUUGAUCUUCUCAUGGCUCGUGAUGAAGGUUCCUUCAAGGAGAACCCAGCUGGUAUCUCUUCCAUGCUGUUUUACCACGCCGCCAUCAUCAUUCAUGACAUCUUCCGCACAAACCGCACAGACAUGAACAAGUCUGACACAUCUUCAUACCUUGAUCUUGCGCCUUUGUAUGGAUCUUCUCUCAAGGAUCAGCUUGAGAUCCGUACCAUGAAGGAGGGUAAGCUCAAGCCUGAUACCUUCCACGAGAAGCGUCUCUUGGGCCAACCUGCCGGUGUCAAUGUGAUGCUUGUCCUCUACAGUCGUUUCCACAACUAUGUGGCAGACAUCUUGCUCAAGAUCAACGAGAAUGGUCGCUUCUCGAUGUCAACACCCCCCAAUGCCACCGAGGAAGAGAAGGCCAAGGCAAUUGCAAAGCAGGACCACGAUCUCUUCAACGUGGCUCGCCUCAUCACAGGUGGUUUGUACAUCAACAUCUGCCUUCAUGACUACCUUCGAGCCAUUACCAACACACACCACUCCGCUAGUGACUGGACUCUCGACCCUCGUGUUGCUAUUGACAAGCAAUUCGACGGCGAAGGAGUCCCUCGCGGUGUUGGUAACCAGGUCAGCGUUGAAUUUAACCUUCUCUACCGCUUCCACUCCUGCAUCUCCAAGAGAGACGAGCGCUGGAUCAACGGCUUCUUCCUCAAGCUUUUCCCCGGCCGCAAGGCAGAGGACCUCCAGGACGUCAGCUGGACUGAACUUGGCCAAGCCCUCAUGACCUUUGAGGCAAACACCCCCAAGGACCCCAGUGUCCGAACCUUUGACGGUCUUGAGCGUCAAGCCGAUGGUACCUUCAAGGAUGAGGAUCUUGUUAAUAUCCUCAAGACAGCCAUGGAGGACCCUGCUGGCUGCUUUGGAGCUCGCAUGGUCCCCAAGGCUCUCAAGGUCGUUGAAGUGCUUGGUAUCAUCCAGGGCCGCAAGUGGCAGUGUGCUUCUCUUAACGAGUUCCGCGAGUUCUUCGGACUCAAGCGCUACAACCAGUUCAGCGAUAUCAAUUCGGAUCCCGAGAUUGCAAACAUCCUCGAGAAGCUGUACACUGACCCUGACAUGGUUGAGCUCUAUCCUGGUCUCAUGGUCGAGGACAUCAAGCCCCAGCGUAACCCAGGAUCUGGUAUCAUGCCGACCUACUCAGUCGGUCGAGCUGUUCUCUCUGAUGCAGUCACGCUUGUGCGCUCAGAUAGAUUCAACACGAUUGAUUACACCGUAUCUAACCUCACUUCUUGGGGUUAUAACGAGGUCCAGCAGGACUACAAGACCCUCGGUGGUUCAAUGCUGUACAAGCUCAUCCAGCGUGGUGUCCCCAACUGGUUCCCCUACAACUCUGUCGCUGUCAUGCAGCCCAUGUACACCAAGAGUGCUAAUGAGAAGAUCGCCAAGGAGAUUGGCACCUUUGACCAGUUUACAACGGAUGAUCCCAAGCCACCAGCUAAGGUCGCUGUGACAAUGUCAAACGAGACUAUCAAGAAGGUCCUCGGCAACACCAAGCAGUACGUCGUGCCCUGGCUUAAGCCCUUGAACGACCUGUUCCCUGGUAAGAAGGAAUAUGGAUGGUUUAUGCUUGCAGGCGAUGAAGCUAAGAACUAUCAACAUCGCGCCGACUGGACAAAGGCUCUCAAGAAGGUUCCCAAUCUCCAUGAUGCCGUGCACGCCUUUAUCGAGCGUGAGGGUGCUAAGCUUAUCAAGAAGGAGUCCUUCACCUUUAAGAAGGGUCUGGACCAGAUCGACAUCAUCCGCGACGUCGCAAUUCCUCUCAACGCACAGCUUCUCUCAGACAUGUUCUAUUUCGAUAUGCGUACAGAUGAGAACCCUGACGGAGAACUUGGCGCUGCUGAGCUUUACCGCAGCCUUCUUGACAUCCGCGUCUGGGGAGUCAACAACAACGACCCAGGGCAGGCGUGGAACCGCCGACGUCGUGCUCAAGAAGGUGUCAAGAGGAUAUACGACUCGACCAAGAAGCUCGUUUCCGAGGUCGAGGUGGCACGUCCUAGAGGUAUUGGCCUGAUCUCUGCCGUUUCUAACAGAAUCGGCGCCAAGUCGUAUCUCAAGAAGGAUUCGCUACGCUCCUGUGGUCUCAAGCUUGUUGAGGAGCUUCUUGCACAAGGCAGCUCGAUUGACCAUGUUACCGAUAACCUCUGGCUAACUGCCUUUGGAGGUAUUGGCGUUCCUGUUACAGCCUUUUACGAGGUUUUGGCCUUUUUCCUCCGCCCCGAGAAUGCGUCUAUCUGGGCUGAAGUCCAGGCCAUUGCUCAAAAGGGUGAUGAUGCGACGCUUCACGCCUAUAUUGCCGAAGCUCUGCGCAUGACGAGCUCCCAGCGCAAUGUUCGCAUUUCCAAGACACCAGGUGAAGUUGAUGGCCAAUCCAUCGCGCCUGGAACAGCCGUUGUUCUCAUGCUUGGUGAAGCUGGACGAAACCCCAAGGAGAUUCCAGAUGCCGACAAGUUCAACGCCCAGCGCAAGCAACAAGAAGUAUCGGCAUUCAGCUAUGGUCAACACGAGUGUUUCGCCAAGGACGUUGCCCUCGCUUAUGUUACCGGUCUUAUCAAGCUUGUUGCCGAUCUCAAAGAACUUCGACCGGCACCUGGCCAGAUGGGAACGGUCAAGACAAUUCGCGUUGGCACCGAGAAGGCUUAUCUCAACGACAGCUGGUCGUACCUUGGAUUUGACGCUAGCACUUGGAAGGUGCACUUCAACGGGCAUGGAAAGGGUAACUUUGAAGGUGACAGAGUCCCUACGAUUAACACUCCCAUCCAGGAAUACUACUCGUUGCUCCAGAAGCGCAAGGACGAGCUUCUGCGUCGAUAA